UUCCUGCCACGGCACUCGGCCCUGUCUCGUUUCUCUGUGGGGGAAAAAAGAAGGGGGGGAGAGAAAGAGAGUGGCCUUGCCUGGCCACUCUUCGUUUUUCAGCCCAGGGUUUAUGACCGCCCCUGUGAGGUCGAGUGUCGUCGGCAUAAACAGUGGGGCGGAGGGAGGCCCGAGCGAGGAGGGGGCGUGGUGGCCACCACAGACAGCCUCGGCAGCGGCGCUCGUGGCAUCGGCGGCACCUCCCUGCUUCUUUCUCAAUGGGAAGGAAGUGAAGCAAUAACGGCGGUGGCCAUGGUGAAAACGGUGGGCGCAGGGUGGAAAUCGUCACAGUAUCUCAGGGAAAUGGUAUUCUCCAGGGUUCUUUUUUGCAAAUGUGAGGACUGAAAACAAUGGACAGAUGAUAUCAAUUAAACUGCACUUGGCAGCUGACUAUCAGAGCAACAAGCAACUGUGUAAGCAGAGCCAAACUGCAAAGAUUUUUAUUACUCUAGCCCUUGGGAAUUAUGUACAAUGUCUCGGUUCUCAGAGUGACUACAGUUUCUACAUAGAUCACUUUUGGAUAUAUAAUCAUGUCUGUCAGUGCAACAGAAAGUGAUGUUCCCAGGUUUUUUGUGGGUGGUGAAGAUGGAGAAGAACUUUUGGAUCAAGCAAGAUCUGCAGGAUUUGAAGCUUUCUAUGAUCAAGAAGAUGAAGAUGAGGAGUAUGAUUCUCCACCAGAAAGACAGAUCGUAGUUGGAAUAUGUUCUAUGGCAAAAAAAUCCAAAUCAAAACCAAUGAAUGAAAUUCUUGAACGUCUUUCCAUGUUUAAAUAUAUUACCGUAGUAAUAUUUGAAGAGGAUGUCAUUUUGAACGAACCUGUGGAAAACUGGCCUUUAUGCGACUGUCUCAUUUCUUUUCAUUCGAAAGGGUUUCCAUUGGACAAAGCAGUUGCCUAUGCAGAACUCAGGAAUCCAUUUGUUAUUAAUGACUUGAAUAUGCAGUAUCAUAUACAAGACAGGAGAGAGGUUUACAGCAUUCUUAAAGCUGAAGGUAUUUUACUUCCUCGUUAUGCAGUUCUGAAUCGUGAUCCAAACAAUCCCCAAGAAUGCAAUUUGAUUGAAGGAGAAGAUCAUGUGGAAGUGAAUGGAGAAGUUUUCCAAAAACCAUUUGUGGAAAAGCCUGUUAGUGCUGAAGACCACAAUGUUUAUAUUUAUUAUCCAACAUCCGCUGGAGGAGGAAGUCAGAGGCUCUUUCGUAAAAUUGGUAGCAGAAGCAGUGUUUAUUCCCCUGAAAGUAGUGUAAGGAAAACAGGUUCAUACAUUUAUGAGGAAUUCAUGCCUACAGAUGGCACAGAUGUGAAGGUAUAUACUGUAGGCCCGGAUUAUGCACAUGCAGAAGCUCGUAAAUCUCCUGCUCUUGAUGGAAAGGUAGAACGGGACAGUGAAGGAAAAGAAGUCAGAUACCCAGUGAUCCUUAAUGCGAGGGAGAAGCUGAUAGCCUGGAAAGUAUGCCUGGCUUUUAAGCAAACAGUUUGUGGCUUUGAUCUGUUACGUGCAAAUGGGCAGUCCUACGUCUGUGAUGUCAAUGGCUUCAGCUUUGUGAAGAACUCAAUGAAAUAUUAUGAUGAUUGUGCUAAAAUCCUUGGAAAUAUCAUAAUGCGAGAACUUGCUCCACAGUUUCAGAUUCCGUGGUCCAUUCCUUUAGAAGCAGAAGAUAUUCCUAUCGUGCCAACCACAUCUGGCACAAUGAUGGAACUUAGAUGUGUCAUAGCUGUUAUACGGCAUGGAGAUCGUACCCCUAAACAAAAGAUGAAAAUGGAAGUUAAACAUCAAAAGUUUUUUGAUCUUUUUGAAAAAUGUAAUGGCUAUAAGAGUGGGAAACUAAAACUCAAGAAGCCCAAGCAGUUACAGGAGGUACUUGAUAUUGCAAGACAACUCUUACUAGAAUUAGGACAAAACAAUGAUUCUGAAAUUGAAGAAAGUAAAUCUAAGCUUGAACAGCUAAAAACUGUGUUGGAGAUGUAUGGACAUUUUUCUGGCAUAAAUCGCAAAGUUCAGCUGACAUAUCUGCCUCAUGGUUGUCCCAAAACGUCCAGUGAAGAAGAUGAUAAUCGCAAACAGGAACCAUCUCUGCUCUUAGUUCUCAAAUGGGGAGGAGAGCUGACACCAGCAGGCAGAGUUCAAGCAGAGGAACUAGGAAGAGCUUUUCGGUGCAUGUAUCCAGGUGGCCAAGGAGACUAUGCUGGAUUUCCUGGCUGUGGUCUACUUAGACUGCAUAGUACUUAUCGUCAUGAUCUCAAAAUAUAUGCUUCUGAUGAGGGAAGAGUUCAGAUGACUGCAGCAGCCUUUGCAAAGGGACUACUGGCUUUGGAAGGAGAGCUCACUCCUAUUCUUGUCCAGAUGGUCAAAAGUGCUAAUAUGAAUGGUCUACUUGACAGUGACAGCGACUCUCUUAGCAGUUGUCAACAUCGUGUGAAGGCACGCCUGAAUGAAAUACUCCAAAGAGACAAAGACUUUACUGCUGAAGACUAUGAGAAGCUUACACCAUCUGGGAGCAUGUCUCUAAUAAAAUCAAUGCACGUGAUAAAAAAUCCUGUUAAGACGUGUGACAAGGUAUAUUCUUUGAUCCAGAGUUUAACAUCUCAGAUCAGACAACGGAUGGAAGAUCCCAAAUCUUCAGAUAUUCAGCUUUACCACAGUGAAACAUUGGAGCUGAUGCUGCGUAGGUGGGCCAAGCUUGAGAAGGACUUUAAAACGAAGAAUGGAAAAUAUGACAUAAGCAAAAUCCCAGAUAUCUACGAUUGUAUAAAAUAUGAUGUCCAGCAUAACAUCUCUUUAAAACUGGAAAAUACAAUGGAACUAUACAGAUUGUCAAAGGCAUUAGCUGACAUUGUGAUACCUCAGGAAUAUGGUAUUACUGAAGCCGAAAAACUAGAGAUUGCUAAAGGCUACUGCAACCCACUACUGAGGAAAAUCCGGUCUGAUCUUCAAAGAACUCAAGAUGAUGAUACUGUUAACAAGCUCCAUCCUUUGUAUUCUAGUGGAGUUAUGUCUCCAGAACGUCAUGUCCGAACUAGGCUGUAUUUCACUAGUGAAAGUCAUGUCCAUUCCUUACUAUCAACUCUACGGUAUGGCUCCUUAUGUGAUGCAUCAAAAGAUGAACAGUGGAAACGAGCUAUGGAUUAUCUCAAUAUUGUCAGUGAACUGAAUUACAUGACCCAGAUUGUUAUCAUGCUCUAUGAGGAUCCAAACAAGGAGCCUUCUUCAGAGGAACGUUUCCAUGUGGAAUUACACUUUAGCCCAGGAGCUAAAGGGUGUGAAGAGGAUAAAAAUCUACCAUCAGGUUUUGGGUAUAGACCUGCUUCGCGGGAGAAUGAUGGCUCAAAGAAAACCUCACAUAGAAAUGAUAGUGAUGAAGAACUGCACACUCAUAAAAGGGAUGAACCUGAUCGAUCUGUAAUGGUGUUCAAACCUUUGGUGUCAGAUCCAAUUCAUAUACACAGAAAGUCACCACUCCCUAGACCCAGGAAAAUUGGUUCAGUGGAAGAAGAGAGCCCCCUGAGUGUGUCUAGCCCAGAGUGUAUUGGUACCUGGCUGCAUUACACCAGUGGUGUGGGUACUGGGCGUCGAAGACGCAGAUCAGGGGAACAAAUCACUUCUUCCCCUGUCUCCCCUAAAUCAUUGGCUUUCACAUCCAGUAUUUUUGGCUCAUGGCAACAGGUCCCACCAGAAAACAAUAGUUAUUUUCGGCCACCAAGAACCUUUGUAGAGCAAAAGACAAGCGGCAUAGACACCACACGUGGUUCUGCUGUUAAAAGGUUUUCUAUCUCAUUUGCUCGACACCCAACCAAUGAGCAUCCAGACCUCUUUAGGUGCUGGUCGGUUUCCUCUGAGGAAUUUCUAGGCUCCAGUGGUAUGUUUUUAUAGCUUUCAGAUGUAAGACGGCAGGGUGGCUUUCUAAGUUGCUGCGCUAACCCUUUCAUUGUCUUGCAUUUUGAAGGAAAUGCAUAGAGUGCAAUGUGAUUUAGCUCACGGUGCCUGAUCAAAUAUUUAAAGAAUUACCUACCAAUACAUAGAUAGCUUCCUUCAGAAGAUAGAAUGCAUACAGAUAUCUUUUAUAGUUCUUAUUUUUAGUUCAGUAAAAAUGGCUUGUCAGUGACUGUUUCAGAGCAUUUCUUUAAUGCUGAGAACCCAACAGUGAAGCUGUUAAAAGAUGAGUGAACAUCUUUUAAGCUGUUAAAAGAUGAGUGUUCAUAACUGGUGAGUUGGUUCUGAUAGCCUAGGUAGACAGUACUAAAUGAAGUAAGCCAAAAUAUGUGUUGUUAUUUUAUGCUUCCAUUUUAACUUUUUAAAAGAGUCUUUACUGAACACCUUUUUGUAGUGAUAUUGUGUAGACAUUAAAUAGGCAUAAAUACUUAUAUAGAAAAUAGUUUCCCACUAAAUUCCUUCUUGCAAUACAGAUACUCACUCAUACAUAUUUGUGGAUUUUUCAACAGUCAGGGAAAGCUGCAGUUCUUGUGGAAUUUACUGUAAUGCAAAGAAAGGGUUUGCGCUUGCCUGCAUGUAUAGUGUUGCAUUUUUAGAAGAGUUAUUAGUAUAUAUUAAAUUCAGUUAAUUUGAACUGCACAUAUAUACAUAACUAGUACUGUAUAAUUAAAUGGUAUAGCAUUUCUAUGACAUAUUUUAUUUUGCGCAUGAAAUUGUAU